CAGGGGAGCGGCUCGGAGCCCGAGUCGAUAUCGCUGCGAUGCGAUUAAAUUCAUGAUCGGGCGUUUCCCUUUUUAUCGCGGCCCCGUCCACGAGAACUGCCGUUUUCUGGGAGGGGGGCGCGAUUCUUCCGCGGGCGCGAGAGGUAAUCGAGAUGGUGCAGCGGGCUGAGGUGGGAGUGAAGGAGGAGGAGGAGGCCGAUCGCGCGAGGGGGAAAUGGAGCUCGCGCGCGGCGCUCGUGGCUCUGAUCUCGGUGCUGAUCGCCGUCGCGGCCACUUCGAGGAGUCCCGCCAGCAUCGUCUCCCUCCUCACCAAUCGCUCCUGCCACUGCGCUCAGGAAUUGCAGAAGUAUACCGGCGUUGUUGAGGACUGUUGCUGCGAGUAUGAGACGGUGAAUAGUCUAAAUGGAGAGGUUUUGCAUCCUCUGCUACAGAAGCUUGUUAGAACUCCUUUUUUCAGAUACUUCAAGGUGAAACUCUGGUGUGAUUGCCCUUUCUGGCCUGAUGAUGGUAUGUGCCGCUUGCGAGAUUGCAGUGUUUGUGAGUGCCCAGAAAAUGAAUUUCCUGAGCCUUUUCGGAACUCCUUGGAGCACAAUCUCCCAUCUGACAAUUUACAGUGUCAAGAGGGAAAGCCACAAGCCAUUGUUGACCGCACAUUGGAUAGUAUAACUUUCAGAGGAUGGAUUGAAGCAGAUAACCCCUGGACUAGCGAUGAUGAAACAGAUAACAGUGAGAUGACAUAUGUUAACUUUCUCCUAAACCCAGAACGUUACACCGGCUAUACAGGUCCAUCAGCUAGAAGGAUAUGGGAUGCUAUUUACUCAGAGAAUUGUCCAAAGUAUACUUCAGGAGAGGUUUGUCAGGAGAAAAAGGUGUUAUACAAAUUGAUCUCUGGUCUUCACUCCUCGAUAUCAAUCCACAUAGCUGCCGAUUACCUCCUGGACGAAGCUGCAAAUACGUGGGGAGAAAAUCUGGAAGUGAUGUAUGAUCGGGUUGUGCAGUAUCCUGAUCGUGUUGGGAACUUGUAUUUCACAUUCCUUUUCAUUCUUCGUGCUGUGACUAAGGCAGCCAAUUAUCUGGAGGUGGCCAAGUAUGAUACUGGUAAUCAUGCCGAGGAUGCCAGCACUUUAUUAUUAAUGAAACAGUUGCUUAAUAAUCCCAAACUACAAGCUGCUUGUCCUCUUCCAUUUGACGAGGCUAAACUGUGGAAGGGUGAAAGUGGACCUCAAUUGAAGCAGACAAUUCAGAGACAGUUCAAAAAUAUUAGUGCCUUGAUGGAUUGUGUGGGCUGUGAGAAGUGUCGGCUGUGGGGAAAGCUUCAGGUUCUCGGCCUUGGAACUGCAUUAAAGAUCCUCUUCUCGGUUGACAGUCAAAACCAACCGGAGACAUCGGUGCAAUUACAAAGAAAUGAAGUGAUAGCUCUUGUAAAUCUGCUCAAUCGGCUCUCUGAAUCUGUCCAAUUUGUCCAUGAAAGAGGGUUGUUGUCAGAGAAGCUUGGGAAAGUGCAGCAUUCUGUUCCAGCUGCAAACGACAUUACCAAAUGGCGUGGAUUAUGGAAACUAAUUCAGGGGGGCUGGUUUGCAAGAUUCUCCUGACCGUUCUCGUUCAGCAUUCAACAGUGUAUAGUGUCGAUUGAUAUUGACCAUCUUAUGGUCCAAAAUUCCUUCCGAUUCAAAUAUAAGUAGGAGGAUUCAAGCGUAAUAACUGAGACACUAGAAGAAAAUAUAGGAUACUCAUUGGAAUACCAAAAGCUAAUGUGGCAAUGUACAGUCUUUUUGACGGCCCAUUACUGCAAGAGCUGAGCGAGCGAUCGAGUAGAUUUUCUGUUUGAAAUCUAGUGCAAGAUCGAAGCAUUUUUCAACCACAUUAAUUUUAGAUUUUUCUGCUGAAUUUAUAAAACGAAAAUAAAAAUGAAUCGAUGAAAUGUUGCUUGGAGGGCUAUUGAUCCUCACUUUGUGGCUGGUGUAAUAUUAUCUGAACGAAGAUUUGGUGUACAGACUGAGACGUGGGGUGGAGAUAAAGCAAGUGCCCUGUGAGACGAAAUGGGGAAUACAUGAAUCAUAAGCUUUUGGAGAAAAGGAAAACGAUCUGCCCAUUGCCUCAAUAAUCCAAUAUGUUCAUAGAGACACAAUGCAUACUAAUGCUACCGGCGUAGGCCAAAUCAUCUUCACCAUAGCCAGAUUCUAUGUAGGGUUGCUGUAGCACUUAGAAACUCAUGUACAGCAAUGCGACAGAGAACCAUAAACAAAUUGCCUUACAUGGUUGCUCUGUACAUAAAGAAAGCUAUCAACCAGAAAAUGAGAAGAAAAGAAAACCAAAGACUUCAAUUAAAGCCAAGCUCAAGCUCAAGCUCAAGCUCGAUAUUCUCGGUUUUAAAUAACAGUUUUUCCAGCCGUGCCGAUGUUCCAUCCUCUCUCCUUCUCUCUUUGACUCUGCUUAUUCUGGAUGUCCUUGGUUCUAGCUAUUCUGUUACUUCCCAAGAACAUUCUCGGGCCAAUCCUCCCUCUGUUGCCAAUGGAAACUCUAAUCUUCUCCAUUCCGACAUUGACUCCAACUUUUCUCAUUGGCGAUUUCAUAUGCAUUUUCUUCUGAAGGCUCCUUCGCAAGGCGCUGCUAAUCUUCUUACCCCCACUUCUAAUUCCUUUUGGACUGUGACAGGGGAUCUUCUCUGGCAAGCAGUUCAUCUCGGAUCCGUCCUCACAUUCAUUCUUUUCGGGCAGACAUUCCUGUAAAGGCAAUAAUGGAGCUGGGCAAGGGGAUGAACUCGGUGCCGAGGGCAAUGGAAUCAAAGAAUUUCGCCUUGGAGCUGGGGCCAUGGGGACUUGCCGUGCUGUCGCGCAGAUAGAGAAUCUUCCUGUCCUUUUCGGAAGCAAUGGUUGUUGUCCAAGUAUGAGAGGAAUGUUCUCUUUUUCCAUGGAAUCAUUGUACUUGGCAUGACCAUCUGAAGCAGGAAGAAUUGAUGGGGGCUUGUAGCUGUUAUCAUCCGCAAAGGGUUGACUGAGAUUCGUUUGGUCUUUGCUUAUAGCGAAACUCACAAUUUCCCUGACGCUUCCUACUUGGCGACUGGCAAGUGGUGGCCUUGUCUGCAAGUUUUGUUCUUCCUGCUGCUUCAGAUGAUGCUGCUCUGCUAUUUUUGUGUCGACAUGCUGUCUAGCUAGUUUUCUUUCUACGAGAAGCUGAGAUUCAAGUUCCUUUAUCUGCAAAGUAAAAGUGAAAUCAUUGGAAACUUGAGAACUUUGUUUACAAAAUGUUCUCAGUAUAGUUACCAAGAAGAGAACAUGCAUAAUGUUUUAAGGUAGACAUUAGUGCAGUUUUAUACCUUUUCC